UGCAACUCAAAUAUUGAAUUGACAAAGUCGCCAUGUCGAAUGCGAUAUGUCCAAUGCCCUUGGCGGAAAUCAUCAGGGAUGUCACAGGCAGAAAAGAGGAAACAAACCCGAUCAAGAAACUCUACCGCGAGGCGUUCAAGGCCGACAUUGGGAGAUGGAUAUCGGCCUGCGCCGUGAUUGGUCUGGCGGCAGGUCUGCUUUCCAAGCAUCCGGGUCAGGAGAUGCUCGCAGCAUCCGCAUUCAACCUUGCAGUUGGAGCUCUGCACUUCUUUAUGCUCAGAGUCCCUGUUAGACCGAGCGGCUCAACCGACCCAAGACCCCCGAUUUGGUACAUGGUCGCCUUGGCAGUGUCAACCGUACUGUGGCUGGCUGCAUUCAUUGUCAUUUUCGUCUUCCGAAACCCCAGCCAGCACGACGACUCCGGUGUAGAGAAGCGAAGGGCUGGGUUCCUCGGCGACGUCGGGACAGGGACGGUGGCCAUGGUUGAAAACCUAUCCAUUGCGUGUGGCUGCUUUGGCAUAUGUGCUUUUCUAUUUUGCGUCUAUCAAUGGUCUGUAGUUCAUCGCCUGCUCACAACACGUUUCAAAAAGAGUGAGAUGCGAGAGGCGCAUCGAAAGAAGAACAAGACAGAACCCGAGAAACAUGAGCGAAAUGGGUCAGAGGUGUAGACAGAGCGCAGUAUCAAGUAAACCCAUACUCAUUCUUGUCUCGAUUGCCCAAGCAUAUAAAACUGGUGGAAGAAGUAGACUUUGUGGCGACUUGAGAGGUUUCAGUGUCUCCCUGGCCCGCUUUGACUUUUUUUGUGGUGGUAUUUGCGUCCUACCUUGGCUCGACGACUCGAAGGGGGCCCUUUGUUGACUCGAGCGAGGUGGAGAAUUAAACCCCUCCAAGUUUGGCGGGUCGUGCAGUAACUUGGCAAUAUCUCGAUAGUUCAAGAGAAAGGGCAAGAUAUAAUAGACCUAACAGAUGGAAAAUAGUGAGUACGAGCUUACUCACCUAUUUUACUUUUCUCUGUUUUUUAAGAAUAAAAAACAAUAAUCUUCUG